CACCCCUCCUCAAUCGAACAAUACCUCCGACACCAACCGAGUAGCAGUCAUCAGUCCAUUUCACAAUGCGUAUCCUUGCUGAGCCCAAUGUCUCUCAGAUCCUGCGCGAGUUAACUCAGUCGCAAUGCCACGACUUUCUCAACGUUCUUUGCGACUCUCUCACAGCAGUCUCGAAUGAAACAACCGCCCAAGAGACGGAACGCCUCAUCCACCAGCCCCUCCGUAGCACCAUUCUCACGAAGAAACAAAACCUCUCUCUCUUCAUGCCAGUCUCCAACACCGCCAGCACGGGUAUCAAGAUCGUCACUGCCUCUCAGUCUCAUGGCCUCAUCGGAGUCAUCAACAUUUUCUCGCCGGAAGGUAGUCUACAGGGUCUCUUGAGCGCCGCCAAAAUCACCGCUUUCCGCACAGCCCUCACCAUCAUGUCCCUCCUCGUUCGCUGCCAGGCCAUGAGGAAGGAGAAUGUAGUCAUUCUCGGCUCUGGUCGCCAGGCGGAAUGGCAUGCUCGCUUAGUCCUCCUUUUGUUUCCAGGACAAGUGCGUUCGAUCACCAUCUUCAACCGUGGUCGCAAACGACUGGAAGAGUUGGAGACAGAGGUCUUGGGGGAGUUGCGGGCUACGUAUUCAGACGUUGCAAUCUCGACGGUUGCAAAAGAUCAUGUAGGCGACGAUGUCUGGGAUGAGAAGCUGCGGGCGGCACUGCAGACCUGCGAUGUCUUGUUCAGUUGUACGCCUGCCACAGAGCCCAAUUUCCCGGCUUCCUAUCUACAACCGUUCCGGCAGCGGUUCAUUUCGCUGAUCGGAUCGUAUAAGCCGCAUAUGCGAGAGAUUGAUACGGAGACAUUGCUCUCCGGCGGUGGAAAAGUCUACGUGGACUUGAAGGAGGCAUGUCUGGAGGAGUCGGGCGAGCUGAUUCUAGCAGAGAUGAAGGAAGAACAGUUGAUUGAAAUUGGUGAGUUGUAUGGGAAAUUAGGUAGAGAAGCGCCACUGGAGGUACCUCAGGGGUCCAAUGUGGUAUUCAAGUGUGUGGGUAUGGGAAUAAUGGAUCUGGCCAUUGGCAACAAGCUGUUGGAUGUUGGACGGGAGAGAGGAAUUGGCAUGGAAGUAGAUGGCUUUUGAAGCGAUGGCUAGUUGACGGUGACACCAGAUAUUGUGAUCUAUUUAGUGACUUGGUGGUCAAUCGCUUAUUCAGUACAAAUGAAGGAUCCUGC